AUGAUCGAUAUCGAGAAGGGUGCUUCUCCUAGCGACACCAAGCUAGAGGAUGAGAGCUCCCAAAAGGCUGAAAUAAUCGAUCUUCCAGACCAACAUAGUGUCGUCCGAGGACUCAAGCCGCGGCAUACCCAGUUGAUCGCCAUUGGAGGAUGUAUUGGAACCGGCUUGUUCGUCAGCAGUGGCCAGGUCCUCUCCAGAGCAGGACCUGCAUUUCUUCUGCUAGGUUACUGCAUUGUUGAUUUCUUCAUUUGGCUCAUCGUCACUGCGAUUACUGAAAUGGGUACAUACCUCCCGGUACAAGGAGCCUCAAUCAGCUAUUACGCAAGUCGUUAUGUCUCCAGCAGUUUUGGAUUCGCUAUUGGCUGGCUAUAUUGGUACUCAUGGGCAAUUAUUGUCCCGACGGAGAUAACCGCAGCCAGCUUGAUCAUCGACUACUGGACAACGGAGGUUAAUUUGCACGAAUUUUCGUUUGUCGUCAUCAAAAUCUUGACCAUCACUGGCCUGUUAUUCUUCUCUUUCAUCUACUUUUGCGGUGGUGCUCCCGGCAAAACAUAUCGUGGAUUUCAUUACUGGUACGAUCCUGGCGCCAUCAACCAUUACCUUGUUGGAGGUAGUGGCGGGUACAUUGCCGCAUUCGCAGCCGGCGUUAUUGGCGCAGUGAUGCCGGUUGUCCUCUCACCAGAGAUGAUUAUCAUGUCCGUGGGUGAAAUGCAAUCUCCUCGUCGGAAUCUCCCGACUGCUGCAAAGAAGUUUGUGUGGAGAAUUCUCGUGUUUUACAUUGGAGGAGUCCUGGCGAUCGGAGUGAUUUGUCCAUCUAACGCGCCCGAUCUGACAAGUGGAUCAUCGAAUGCGAGGUCGUCACCUUUUGUUAUUGCCAUGAAAAAUGCUGGAAUCCACGGCCUAGACAGUGUCGUGAAUGCGGCAAUCCUCACUUCAGCAUGGUCCGCAGGCAAUGCUUUGCUCUAUCUCUCUAGCGGAUCGCUUUAUUCCCUUGCAAUCAUUGGCAACGCGCCAAGUAUCUUCAAAAGGUGCACCAAGCGAGGUCUGCCUUGGGCAGCGGUGAUGGCCAGCGCUCUUUUCAUGCCCCUUGCCUACCUCGACUGCUCAAGCAGUAGUUCCACCGUUUUCAACGUACUACUCCCUUCCCUUCCCUUCAAUCUUACUCAAAUUCUAACCUGGUUUGUAGUGGUUCGUGAGUCUUACAAACACAUCCGGCUUCAUCGCGUGGAUCGCCUGUUCCAUUACGUAUCUUCGGUUCCGCAAAGCAUUAACUGCCCAAGGUCGUCUCGACACAGUUCCUUACCAUUCAAAGCACAGCCUUGGGGAGUGUGGGCCUGUAUUGUCUUCUUCACUAUUCCGUGUCUUAUCAAUGGCUUCGACGUCUUCAUUGCUGAUGACUUCAAUGCCUCUGACUUUCUCACCGCUUAUCUUGGCAUUCCAAUUUUCCUUGUUGUGUAUUUUGGUCAUAGAAUUGUGCACUGGAAAGAGUCAUGGGCACAUGCAUCUGAAGAUUUUGAUCUUGUCAGUGGGUUGCAAGAGGUAUUGGACUUGGAAACUCCAGCGCCAGUAGUGCGAACCUGGGGAGACCGAAUUAAAUCCUGGAUCUAG